UUAUUGCACUGUGUGUACCAGUUCAAAAAGUGUAGCAAUAAAAAACAGACCUAUUGUAUUCUUGUGAUUUUUCCAACAUUCCUGAAACGUAGAGUGCCGUUUUAACUCAAGAUAUAACGAGAGAAGAAGGAGAAAAAUAGAUCAUUCUGAUCAUUUAGAUCUGAUUUCUAGAAGAAAAAUGAAGAUACGCUUACAAUUUUACAAGCGAUCGUAUUUUUGGAGAAUGCGGUGCUUAUCGUAAAGUGCGCUUGACAUGAAACUGUGAGCUUAGUCUGUGAACGGACAGUAAACAUAAUAAUAACGAUUAUAAUUAUUAUUGGUAAAAUUAUUGUUAUUCGGUAACGAUAUCGAUUGUUAGAAAAUCAUUUUCAUUACCUGAAAUAUGAGCGUCGAGGAGAGACUUGUCACUGAGGUACCUAGUAGUUUGAAGAAACUGGCACGUCUUGUUGUACGUGGGUUUUACUCGAUUGAAGAUGCUUUAAUUGUAGAUAUGCUGGUUAGAAAUCCAUGUAUGAAAGAAGAUGACAUUUGUGAAUUGCUUAAGUUUGAACGCAAGAUGUUAAGAGCCAGGAUAUCCACAUUGCGAAAUGAUAAGUUCAUUCAAGUGAGAUUGAAGAUGGAGACAGGGUCAGAUGGCAAAGCACAGAAAGUUAAUUAUUAUUUUAUUAAUUAUAAAACAUUUGUAAAUGUGGUGAAGUAUAAACUCGAUUUAAUGAGAAAGAGAAUGGAAACUGAGGAGAGAGAUGCAACUAGUAGAGCUAGCUUUAAGUGUCCGAGUUGUUUAAAGACAUUUACUGAUCUUGAAGCUGAUCAACUUUUCGACAUGAGAACUGGCGAAUUUAGAUGUACAUAUUGUCGAGAGAUAGUGGAAGAAGAUCAGUCUGCUCUUCCAAAGAAAGAUUCCAGAUUAUUAUUAGCAAAAUUUAAUGAACAAUUGGAGCCACUCUAUAUACUAUUAAGGGAAGUAGAAGGGAUCAAAUUGGCGCCUGAAAUACUGGAACCGGAACCUAUUGAUAUCAAUACUAUUCGAGGUAUCGAUACAAGAAAACCAAGCAGUCUUAGAGCACCUAGUGAACAAUGGUCGGGUGAAGCUACUAGAAUGACAGGCUUUAUAGUGGAGGAUACUAGAGUGGAUGUUACUAUUGGAGACGAAUCUCCCGAUGACGCAUCGAAUCACAGAAAGGAGAGACCCAUAUGGAUGAGAGAAAGUACAGUUAUCAAUUCCGAUGGUUCACAGCCUGAUGGCGUGAAUGCGCAAGACAGCAUUUUGGACAAAGCUGCAGCCACUGCCACAAACAUGACUACGACGAAUAAUAAACAGGGUGAAGACAUCAUGUCAGUGUUAUUGGCUCACGAAAAGAAGGGCGGAACUAAUUCCGCGGCAUCUAUCAAAGCAGCGCUUCCACAGGAAUCCAGCGACAGUAGCGAUAACGAGGAGGAAGACAUGCAGACAGUUGAUACCGGCGAGAUAGAGGCGAUGGAUUCCGAGGACGAUGAAUUAGUACCGACCGUCAGCGUCGGCGGCACAACUGUCGCGAUCACCGACGUUAACGAUACCUUAAUUGCGGAAAUGACGCCCAUAGAGAAGGAGUCUUAUAUCCAGACGUAUCAAGAAUAUUAUUCGCAUAUGUACGACUAGGCGAAGAACAACGAGAGUCGUCUUCAUAAUGCUCUGCAUAAGACUGAUAUUGAUUUGGUAUCGUUGUUCCAUGUAAUAUUUUGUAUA